GAAGGCGAGCGGGCGAGCGGGCGCGAGCACGUAGUUCCGACAGCCGCCGCUAGGGUCGAAGUGGGUCAGCCUGCGACUCCGCGGCGCUGUCGGGGGGACGGGAGUCGCUAGUCGGAUUCGACCGUGGAUGGUUGUGUCACCGAGAGCGCGGCUGGCUGGACGUCGACAGCCCUUCUGAAACUUUUUUUUUAUUUUUUUUUCCACUGUUAUCAUUUGCCCGGUGGUCGCUAAGGGCACUAAUUUUUUUUUCUCAUGCUGUGGGAGACCGAUAGUGAUUUGUGCUGAAGAGGAAGAAUAACGUGUGGUGUUUUAUCCGUCCUAGUUUUUUUUUUAUUGUGCCAUUGGAUACUAACACCGUUUGCUUCAAGAAGGAUAAUUUAUUUUUGGGAGGGGACUGUGACGGCGCGGCUGACCCCAGAGCUACCCCUGUGCCGCGACGUGACGGCAUGAGUGCUGCGGCACUGGACAAUGGCGGCCCGGACGACGACAUUUUCGGAGGCGGUCGCAGCUACGGCUCCAGCUUCUGCGGCGGGAACGGCGCAGCCGUCGUGACGAAGGCGCGGCCCACCAUGAUCAGCGCCAAGUACCGCCUCAAGGAGGAGCGGCGCAAGGUGCUCAAGAUCUCCAUCAACAAGCUGAAGAAGAUCGAGGACAUGGAGAGCUCGCUGCGGAGGUCCGUGCUGAUCAACAACACGAUCAAGCGGCUGCAGCGCGAGGCGAAGGAGGAGAAGCUGCAGAAGCAGCAGCUGCACGCCUACCCCAGGUGCUUCACGCCGUACAACAAGGCCGCGCGGCACGACGGCGUGCCGAGCGACGCCGACAAGGAGAACACCUCGCAGAACGCCUCGCGCGCCGCGGACCCGCGGGCAGACUCGCUGCUGCUGCUGCCGGGCGAGCUGGACCUGUCCCUGUCCCGGGGCUGCGACGAGGAGGCGGCCCUGUCGCCGCCGGCGGCGCCCAAGAAGAGGCCCGUCGAGGAAGUGGAGGACUGCGACGUGCAGGACGUGCUCAGCCAGUUCUACAUGCCGCCCACGCCGCGCAUGCUCACCUCCAUCGACGACACGGACGACGAGGACGAGGACGUGAACGUGGUGGACAUCGACGUGCCCCCGUGCGCGCCCGUCGCCCCGGACUGCUGCAAGCGCCCCAGGCUCCAACUCCCCGAGGCGAAGCCGGACGCGGCCUGCGAGAGGCUACGACCGGACGAGAGGACUCUCCCCGCGAGGACCCUCGAGGACCAGGAGGACAUCGAGGUGGUGCUCGAAGACAAGGAAGACGUCGAGAGACGGUUGCUGUUGUGCAGUGGCGGUACGACGAUCUCUAGGACAGCGGUGCCGGAGGAUCGGUGCUGGGUGAACUCGAGGACUAAUGGCGGAGGAUCGUCGUGCACCUUGCUUCCUUCGCCGUCGGACAUGCUCGUCGAGGAUUGCGCGGAAGGUGCGUCCGACCCUAGUUCCAGACUUGCGUGCAGUGACUCGUCACCACUUGUUUUGCCCGUUCAGUCGGCCGUGCUCUCGGAACACAGUUCAAACAUUGCAAGGCACGGAGGUGCUCCCGGUUUAAGUACAAUGCUAUCCCCUCCUCCUUCCGACAUGGACACGGAGGAGGGCGAUGCCGCGAACCAUCCCGUGUUGCGCAUGUGCGACGUCCAGCAGUCCCCUCCGUCGGACAUGCUGGUCGACGACAGCCUGCCCGCGGGUGUGGACUGCCGCCCUGACCCGAGGCUGGCGUACAGCUCGCCGCCUGGCGACAUGCUGGUUCCCGCCAGCCCCGCCCAGGCCAGUCAGAGGUUCCGCUCGCCGGCGGACCUGCUGAUGGAGGAGCCAGACCUGCUGGUUGCCGGCAAGCACCAGGCGCUCAGGCUGGGCGGCAGUCCCUUCGCGGCCAGCUCUUUCUGCGGCUCGCUCGACGGCGACGACAUCAGCGGCGGCUCCCCGCUGGCCAUGGAGCCCGCGGAGCAGCACCAGUACUCCUGCGGCCACGCGUCCAUCUUCGGCGAACUGCAGUCCGUCGUGUUCCACAGUCUCAUUGCCUCCUUGGAGUCGUAGCAAAGACGCAGUGCUUUCUGCGAUGCCGAUUUCUAAUUUUUUUUUUUUCAUUUGGCAGGUGAGCAAUGCAUCUAUUAUGGGCAUUAACACCAAAAGGAUUUCACUGUCAUGAUACAAUUUUAUGAAUGGAGUUAUCUUGUUUGGCUUAGUGGCAAGGUAGCAAUUGAAAUGUCUAAAUGUUGAGAAAAAGUAAUGUAAAAUGGAAGGUGAUAGUUAAGAUUUUACCGAAUGUUUGUUAGAAAAACAAACAUUGUAUUGGAGGCUGCUUUGGGAUGCAACUCAUAGGAACUAUUUUCAGUAUUUGGAGCAUGAUAUGAUUUUUGAUCUCUAUAAGCAUAUUUUUGUCAGUAAAGAAUUCUUAAAAAUAUUCUACAUAAAAAAUGUGACGUAAGGAUAAGAAAAGUGCUAUUUUUGGGUAAGGUUUGCAUUAAGAACAUAGUUAUUUUUCAUGUAUAUUAAGGCAUUCGUCAUUUCUUCAUAAAGCCAUUUUCGGCCAGAUUUUAUGUUAUUAGUAUGAUGUCGAUAAAGACACAAGAUUAAUAAAUGUUUUAAACCAAUAUUCCUAAGUGGCAAAUAUAUAAAUUUAAACAAUGCGUGCUAAUUUUUUUUAUAGUUUUCAGAAGUUUAUGUUUAAUUUGAAGUUAAGAGUUUGAGUGUCACUUAAUGUGAAAGUACUAAAAAUUGUGUACUUUACCUCCCUUUUAGAAAUAAAUUUAGAUAAAUGUUAUUAGUGAAGAUGAAGAUAUAGAUUUAUUAUUUAUGUAUAUAAAUAAACGCAGUUUUAGAUAAAACAAAUUGUAUUAUACAUUUAUAAAACACACAUUACAAAAAUUUUUCAGUAAUAGAAAUUUAGAUAAAAUAUGAAUUGAGAAAACGUGUUGUUGAAGUUUUUAAUUAAUAUACAUGGGUUUGAGAACCACUCUUUUCUCUAACGAGCGUUUUUAUGAAAGAAAUAAAAGAAAAUGGAGAGUGAGAUUUUCUGGAGAGGUGUUUUUGUCAUGUCGGUGUGCUGCAAAACUAGAGCAUAAAGAUGCUGGACAUAACAUAUUUAAAACCAUAUGUAAUAUUGCUUCCUCAACAGUAGGCCCUGUGCAUUUUCAUUAAAAAGUAAUUACAGUAGACAGUGAUUGUGGUAGAACUUGUUCAGUGUUUCAGGAUAUUCUGCUUUAAAAUUUUGCUCUGUGUUUGUACUUACAAAAAGCUUAUAGUUUUUCUAGGUAUUUUUGGGCGUGCAUGGAAGUAAAGUGAAAAUCUUCAAUUACUGUUAUAUUCUUCUUUGAGCUAUCUCUACUAAAAAUAAUGUCAAUGAAAACAGUUCAGUUAUGCUGUCGAUUUCUUGAUUUUACCCAUUCUUGCAGCGAAUGUCAUAGUGGAUAUUUUUGCAAUCUUGUUAACGUCCUUGCCGGUUUUAUUACUAAGUUCAGUCAGUAAUUAAGUGUUUUGGUAUGUUACACUGAAAAAUGAUUGGUAAUAAACGCACAUACUUAAGGGUCCCCGUAUUGUUAUCAUCUUUUGUGUGUACUGUCAUUCAUAGCACCUAACAACACCACACUGUGAUCUGUGAUACUUGCUCUCAUUUGUUAAAUAUAUUUCCUCAGCAUUUUACAUUACUUGCACUGGCAUUUCAAGUGGAUGCUUCGGUAGCUAAUUACUGUACUGAAAUUAAUAUUUAUACAAACCCAUUAUUGAAAUAAUUCUAUUUUUUUUUAAACAAACACAAAAUGUGACUCAGAUUUUAAUUAAGUAUUAAAUUUAGUUUUUGAUUAUUGGACUGCCAGAGUAAAGCUCUAACUGAUUCUGUACUUCGAGUUACGCACGACACCUAAAACUUAAUUAUGCCCGUUGUACCAUCGUAUAAGGAAGAAUGUAUGUGGUUUGUGUAGUUGCAGGCUGCACUAGUGGCCUCAUAGAGUUGUGUAAAUACUUAGAAAGGCUGAUUUCUUAACACUAGGUCAAUUGCAAAUAAAAAAAAGUAAAAUUCGUGUUUUUAAAAAUACCUUUCUUCUCUUUUAAAUGUGAACUCUCUUUAACGCUUCAGUAGGCGCUGGCAUUGUGAUAAACUGUAAUACUGGCCAUGUUAUCUCUAGAAUGUAGUAUGCGUAAUAUAAGAGGGGCAAAGAGGUUAUCACUUCUCGGAGAAAAGUUAACCAAAUCAUUAUUUCCAGUAGUGCACAAGAGACGCGGCCUUGUAUGUAGUAUGUCUGCGUGAGGUGAGGGGAAACUGUGCCGGAAAGAUUGGUUUUCUGAGGAUAGGGAGGUCACUUCAGAUGUGAUGACACCAAAAACAUCCAUCGUAACGGGAUAAAUCUAGGGAUGACAAACAUAUAAGUUCAUGUUUUUGCGAUAGAGAAACUGUAGAAGAAACUUCACAUUUUUUUUAACGCUGUUUAAAAUUUAUUUAUUGUAUAAUCAAUGGUUGAGAAGUGUUUUUAGCAUCAGACCAUUAAAAAGUGAUUUUUUUUUCGGGCCACUUAAUAUUGUGGACGUUUGGUUUAAAUAUAACGGUGCAAUUUGUGUAACUUCAACACAGUGUGGCAGUUAAAUUCAGGAAGUAAGACUGCUACACAUAGUGAUGUCAGUGAGUUGAAAUUCCAAAUAACUGUGAAACUAAGUUAUGUGAGUUUCAAAAAUUUUAAAAUGAUAUUUAGAAUUUCAAACCAAGCAAAUGCUUAUCCAAAUCGUAGGCCAUCGCAUUGACUUUAGGCCUUGUUUUAUUUUUAUAAAUUUUUGUGCCAUUCUUCUUGAGUGCUUCUGCGUAGUGUGCUCAUAAAACCAAUGUAUUGCGAUUAUAAUUUUAACAAAGAAACAGUUUUGAAUCAUGGGAGCUCCUGGUAUGUUAGCUCAGCAAGAAAAGAUACCGUAUAAAAUUUAACAUAAAACUUUCAUAUUAUGUAAAAACAGGGACGUGGUAAUGUUGCAACUUACAGAGUUAAGUUAGGAGGUACCUAUUUUGAGAUUAUUAACCAGAUUUUAGAUGUCAAGAUUAUAAUGAGAAUAAAGUGCCUUUUUUUAUAUGAAGUGAAAGAUAUGCUCUUAAUAAAAUUUAGGGAUCAAUGUAACAUUUAAACUUUUCAAUAUUAUCAUAAACGUAUCAAUAUCCUCUUUGCCUUUCACGAAAAACACUGUGCUUGGUAGAAAAUAUAUAAGCAAUUUCAUGAUUCUAAUCUUUAAUAUUAAAUGACUAAUGUUUUUUAUUCAAUCGUAUAAUGGUAAUCGUACAAGUCAUGUAAUAUGGUUUUUAGUUAGCAGUGCUCCAUUUAACCUUUACAUUUCGAAAAUAAACUUGGCCUUUAGAUUAAUAUACUUACUACUAGUUGACAUAAUAAAAAAUAUUCCUAACACACAUAACAAUAUUUCUUGUCGAACAUAUAGGAAUUAUUUUAUAUUUGUAAAUUAUUUUCAUUGGGUUUCACACCUGAAAAAUUUCGCCAGUACAGAAUGGAAAUUUUCUACUUUUAGUGAAGUUCUGAUUUCUUAAAACAGUUAAAAUAAAAUAUUUUUUGUUGCCAAGUAUUCCCAUGGUAAUUUUUAUAAUUCACAAAAUGUUUUUUCCCUGAAAUAGAGUUGGAGGUUUUUUCACAAUAGAAGUUUUUGGAAUACUACUAUUUUUAAAUAUUUGUCUCAAGUUAUGUUUAAAUAGACAUGUUAAUUUCUCGGCACAUUAUGCUAUUUUCAAUGGUUUUUCAUUUUAAAGAUUUUUUUAUAGGUUUUUAUGGAGUUCAUUGUUUACUUACUUAGUAAACUUGUUUGAUUACAUAUGUUUGUGAUAAUUGAAUUGUGUUCAAUUAAAUUUAGGAAUGAACAGGUUCUUAAAUGUAUCAGUUUUAAUAUUUGCUAAAGUAUUUUUGUAAACAGUUGACAAAAAGUGUUUUGCUGGUUGUUUAUACUCUUAUUAAUAGUAUUAUUUAUAUCGAUAUUUUGUUACAUAAAACUUUUAUAAAAAUACUUUAAUAAAAUGUAUGCUAACAUGUGGGAGAGGAUUAUAUCAAGACAUAACAUUCAGUAAUACAAAAACACUGAAGAUCAGAACAAUACAGUUUUUGAACAGCAUAUAUAUUAAAUAUAUAAAACAGUCCUUACUUGUGACGAAGGCAAAUAUUCAAAGUAGCACCAUAAAUGGUAAAAAAAAUUUAUGUUAUGUAUUUUAUUACAGUUAUGUUCUUUGUUGUGUAUAAUUUUAUUAAUUUUGUUUAUAUGCGUGAAGUUUGUACGAUUAAUAUUUGAAAAUUAUGUUGCACAAUGUACAUAGGUAAUGGAAAAUGAAUAUCCAUGUUCUUAAAUCAUGGUUAAGCUAAAAUAUUACAUCUUAAUAUUUGCUAUAAUUAUGUAUUAUAAUUGUAUGCGUAUUACUACGCAUUCUGGCAGUUGGUUCACACUGUAAAAUUAUAUAAAGCCAGAUUAUUAUCUCUUCUUCCAGGGUUGUGAUUGUUAUUAUUUUUAUGUGUAUGAUAUAGGUUUGAUUUGUUUGUUGUAUAUAAGUAGUAAUUUAUCACAAAUACUCACAAAGAAACCCUACAAAACUUCAGGCUCUGAUAACACGUGGAAAUUUUUGUUGCGACUGCGAUUUAAACAUCAAUAGUAGUUGAACGUUCAUGAGUCCCAUGUUACAAUCAUUAAUUCAAAACAAAAGUGUCAAUAGAAAAGUUACAUUGAAUUUAAAUUUAUUUUCAUGAUUUUAUAUCUGUUUUUAGUUGCAGGUGUUUCAUAAUUUUGGGGGAAAAUUGAUUAUUUUAAACAUUUUAAAGGAUCAUGUGAAUGUACUUAAUUCAAAAUUGUGUACUGAAUUGAAGCCAUUUUUUUUGCAGGCUUUAGUAGUUAAAAUGUUUUGACCAAUAUUGCUUAUGUUACUCAGUUGCAGAUGAAAACCGCGUUCCGAAAAUUGUGGCAAUACUUAGUUUCCUUGAUGCCAUACCCACAACCAUGUAUAAAGAGUGCAAUAAUGCUAAGUAAUAUAAAAUUAUUUAUAGUGUCGUGAGUAUUUUUUAUAUUAAAUUGUGAAAGUAAGGAAUACUUAUAUUGAGGCAUUUAUAUAUGUGUAAAAGUAUUUUUGCUCACUGAGUUAAACAGCAGGUGCAUAAUAUUGAAAAGUUGCCAACUACUAAUCAGAUUAUAUUUAUAUGAUUAGCUUAAUCUACUGACUGAACAGUGUAUAUCAUGCCCGGUGUACCAAAAAUUGGUAAACAUGACAGAACUAAAACUGUUCAUUGAAGAGUACGCAAACACAAAUUAAAAUAAAAUACGCUAAAUACAACGUAAACAAAAUAGAUAAAAAAUGUGCUUUGCAAAUUAUUGAUUCCUUUUUUGUUUGUAUAUUAUAUAUAAAUAUAUAUUAAACAUACUAACUAGAAUUGUGUUGACCAAUGUUAUGUACCAAAAUGUGUGGUUACCGACGUUACUUUUGAACGUCUAAAAUAAAAGUACCUGAAAAAAUUA